UUCUUCUGUUCUUUCUUUGUUACAAAUGCUCAAACAGCGACGGCAAAGGAGGCUCGGAGGUUGCGCAAGGGAGAGCAUCGGCAGCAACAUGCACGAAGGUUCGAUGCUGCCUUUGGAGAAGAGGGAGAAAGAGGAAAGGGAGAGAGAAGUUGAGACACAGAUCAAAAGACAUGAGAAUGUGCGAGACAGAGAGAGGUUUGGCCCAUACAAUUUUGUCGUAUAAUUAUCUCUACUUGCACGAAGGUCCGACUGUUUUUUUUUUUUUUUUUAAUUUAAAAAGAGAGAGAGAGAGAGAAGACAAAUAAAUGCUGAGGUUUCAGUUUCAGUAUAAUAAUCAAGAGAGAGAGAGAGGAGAGAAAUAAAUGCUGAGGUUUCAGUUUCAGUAAUCAGUAAGGAUAAUAAUCAAAUUUCCGUGGAGUUAGGCGUAGAGACAGGCAGGGCACUGCCAUUUCAUUUCGAGAGUACACUGACUGACUGGUAGAAGAAAGAAGAAAGAAGGAAGAAGGAAGAAGGAAGAAGAGAAUAAAAGAGGAAGAGAGGAGGAGGAUGGCGAUGAGGAACGAGGGGCGUAUAACCACCAUAAGAGAAGCCUUGGCGGCGUCCGAAAUGUCUCGCACCCCCACUCUCUUCAAUUUGGGUGGCCUCGUCAUCGAGUUUUCCUUUCCUAGAAAGAGUCACGGCUCCGAUUAUGUGCUGACGCUCACAUUCGUGGACGCUUUAGGCUCCAAGUUGAAAGCUCACGUCUUCACCAACUCCAUCCACCAUCUUCCUCGUAUUCGCUCCUCCAAUCCCCUCCUUCUCCUCACCCAUAUCCAGAUUAAGAAACAUGGGAACGAUGUCUAUGCUGUGUACAACAAGAAGUAUUCAUCAUUUGCUCUGUUUGAUCCCAAAGCUAACGCCAACAACUGCACCACUCCUUAUCAAGCUUCUCCCGGAUUCGAUAUCCAUUCCAUUGACACCACUCACAUUCAAAGCAUCUUCGAUUUUAGCCUCCACUAUCAACUCGUUGUUGAGAAGAAUGAAUACCUUAUUUCGUUGAAAGAUCUCGGAAGAAGCGAGUAUUUUGAUCUCCUAUGUCAGGUUGUACAUAUUGAAAAUGUUGGCGCCGAGGACUGGAUGCUUUUUGUUUGGGAUGGAACUGAUGCCCCUCCCUUGCACCUGGAAUCCAACCUUGCGGAAGAUGACCCACUUCUGCUUGAACCCGCACCCUGCCUCCUAAAUGUGUCAACCCUCCGCAAAUUCCCAUGUGUUGGAUCUGUGUUAAGAGUGAGGGCUCAUGUGGAUAUUAGCAUGCACGCUCAAGGAAUGGGUCAAUGGGUGAAGAUUCGUAACAUGACGUAUGAAACUCAUUCUGGUUUGUGGCUCGGGAGAUUGCUUCCCACCACUAAGCUCAUGUUCCUUCCUGACAAUGAGCCUACUGUCCUAGAAUGUAAAAGGGCAAUGGAUGAACGUGGAUUGGGAAAAGAGGGUCGUUUGCCUUUCUGGAGUAAUCCUCUCCCGGCUUUAACCGUGAUAGAUUCCUCUAGUUUUCCGUUUGCUACACUGAUGGAUCUCAUUACUCAAGCAGAGGAUGAAAUUACUGUGAGAUGUGUUGUUCGGGUGGUAGCAGUUUCUCCCUUCGAUGUGGAGAAAUUUUGCUUUGAUGGUAGGAAUGGGAUCAUUCUGACCCUAGACGAUCCAACAGCGAGAAUCCAUGCCUCCUUAAAUGGCCACGAUGGUGGUAUGUUUUUUGAGGAUAUUUCCUCGGACACUUUCAAAAGAAGGAAGAUGGACGAAUUGUUAGGAAUAUCAUCAGAAGAAAAUACAAAUCCUCACAGAAAUCCUCCUUGGAUUCAGUGUUGCAUAAAGUUGGAUGCUAGUAGGUUUUAUUCAAUGUGUCAUACGAAACUUGUAGCGUCAUAGUUAGAUGAGAGGUUCUUGAAAAAUUGUUAUAUUGGUCUUUUUUGUCUAUACAGUAGGAUAUAUGCGAGGCCUUCUAAUGUGUUCAUAUGGCCGUCCUUUUUAGUGAUGCAUUUUGUAUAGCUUAUGCCGUUUCUAAGUUUGUUACUCAAGAUACAUUAUAGCUUAUUGAAGUAGCUAACUUAUGAAAAGGAAAUAUAGUGUAAAUUACUAGAGACCAUACUUU